GUUUCAGACUCAGAAAAGCCGUGGUCAACUUUUGUCAAGAUGCUAAUCAUAAUCGCGGCAUUAAUAGCGCAACAUAUAUCUCAAACUCAAGGAGAAUGCUAUAACAAAACCAUUGAAGACAACGUGACAGAGUUUCAUAAUGAGUUGAGAUGGGAUUUAGCUACCAAAAAUAUGAGCGCUAAAUACGGAGACAUACCAGGCUCAAAAAGUUUGUUCAAAUUGAAAUAUGACUGCGCUUUGGCUGCUCUUGCCGGAGCUCUUAUACCCAAAGAUUGCAGUAAACAAGCUCGUGACCUCUCUCCAUUGGGAGUGAGCAGUAAUUUCAGAAAGUUCCGUACCAUCAAAGAAAUUAAAGGGGAUGAUAUAAUCGAAUAUUAUAACGUAACCGUUGAAGAAUGGGCUACGAAGAAUAUCGUUCCGCUCGAUUCUGAUGUGGUCUACAAGGAUAGAAGCAUGGAAGCUUUUGCUAAUAGAUACGAUAUGACCUUAGAGGCAGAAGCGCAAGCGGUUGCUGACACUUGCCAGGACAUCGAAUCCGGGGUGGCAACAACUUCUGGUCAAAAUGCUUACGUUAUGUCAACUGUAACAUUACCGCUAUAUGAUGUGCUUGUGGAGACGCAAAAAGGUGGUGGUCACAAAUAA